AUGGCGGAGACCGACAUCUUCGACCGGCUGCCCCGCAUCUUGCAGCAGAUACAGUCUCUGGCCAGCGACCCCAGUGCCGCGGACCUGGUGCGGAGCGGGGCGCUGGUCGCGGCGGACCUUGAGAGACUGAUGCACCUGCAGCUCAUGGCGUCCGCGAUGCAGCGGCGCGUCGAGCUCAUGCAGGACUUGCAUGGGCUGAUGAUCAUCUCCACGUACCUUAAUCAGGAGCUCGAGGACGCGGAGCCGCCGCGGCGCGGCCUCGGCGAGGAGGCGCUGGAACGCCUGCCGCUGGAGGUGCUGAGCGCCUCCAAGAUCGAGCGGAUGCGCAGCGGCAAGGAG